AUGGCACGCGAAUUUACAGACGACAACGCGAUCCCCAGAGGCUGGCGGACGCGACAGCCAGGCUUUAGUAUCUGGAUCAUCUUUGUUCUCUUUCGGAGCGUCCUAGAGGCACUUUUCUACAGUGUCUACUACAUCCCGAGCUCCUUGCGCCAGAGUCCGGCAUGGACCUAUCGUCAGGCGUGCAUGACGCGGUUUUUAGAGAGAGUUUUUCACAUCAUCACCGAGCUCGGUUUUACGCAAUCGUUGAGCUUGGAGCCCGGCGAUCUUGGCGAUCGAUGGGUGGCCAUCGACCCAGCACCAGCCGGCGAGUGUUACGGUGAUUUUACGAGUGAUACCAUCAAGCCAGAGAAGAUUGGCGGCACAUGGUAUCCGAAGCUGCCAUCGAAGCAAUGGCUACUGGAAGAGCAAAACCUGGUGGUUUUGUCCUUUCAUUCUGGAUCCCUCCUGUGGCUGAGUGGACGGCCAGAGGACUCCGGGCCCACGGCAGAGCUGCUGAACAACAAGCUGGGCAGCAAUACUCACUCACUUUGGCUGCAAUACCGUCUUGCUGGCGGCAAUAACCCAACACCGUAUCCCGGAGCCAUGCAGGAUGCAGUGACAGCAUACGUUUAUCUCAUCGAGGAAAUGGGAGUUUCCCCAUCGCGCAUCGUCCUCGCAGGCGACUCCACGGGCUCGACUAUCGCAAUGGCGCUUCUGCGCUAUCUUGUCUCCAUCAAGGAGAUACCGGGCCAUAAGCUUGCCAAAUUCCCACCUCCAAAGGCAUGUCUUCUGUUUUCGCCCUCGGUCGAGUAUAGCUUCGAAGGUGACCCUGAGGCCGUCAGCGCAAAUAGAAAUAUCAAGACCGACUACGUUGAGUCGCGCAUGAUGGCAUGGGGGGCUAGAGCUCUUGCGCCCCCUAAGACCGUACGACUGGAUAGCCCAUAUAUCUCUCCGGCACUGCAUCCAUUUGCAACUCCAGUUCCGAUUUUCGUUCAGGUAGGAGGUGCCGAGGUUCUUUGUGAUAGUGUCCGGGGGUUUGCCAACGUGAUGAGCGCUGUCCCGGGUAAUCGGGUCGAAUAUUUCGAAGUCCCAGGUGUACCGCAUGAUGUUUAUGUUGUGGGGUCUCUACUGGGAUGGUCGAAGGAGCAAGAAGAGAUCCAUGAGGCUGCAGCGAGGUUUGUUUUAGGCGUUUAG